AUGGAUUCCAUAAAAGAGGUUAGCCCGUUCACGGUGAGUACUAGGAACAACCUAUCUGUGCUUUCUACUCUACGAGGGUACAAAACGCACCAGAAAAGCGACACAAUCAAUACACUUCUCAUCCCAGUGAUUGAAGAUCAAGAUGUCGAGGAGAUUCUCAACCAGAACAACCGCAAGAAAGUUGGAAAUGCCAGUAAAGUGUCUCAAAAUGGUAUCAAUGUGGAUGUGUCGCAAGAAUCCGUGGAAGAUAUUCCACAAGAUGCUGAUCCAAAGAGCUUCGUGGAACUUGCGGAACUUGAACCGAAAAAUCGACAGCAUCAGACCGCAACAGUGCUAUUCGAGAACUUUCCGGCCCUCCGAAAGAGCCUUGUAGACCAUGUGCUACAUUUAGUGACGAAUGUUGCACCUAGUACUCUUACAAAGACAUUCCAAUGGUCGAUUUUGGAGCCUGGAUCUACUGGCAGUCACAGCGACGUCACCAAUGUAUUUGUGAGAUUUUCGUCAACUGAAAUGGCCAAAUGGGUUCAUGGGAACAUUCAGCAGAUUCAAGAUAUUCUACAAGGAGUCAUUAUUGUUUUUGACCAGGAUCUCGCCUGUGGAGAAUCCACCAUCUCCUUCGAAAAUGUUAAAAAGGUGGGAGAUGAAGUUUCAAGAAUCUUUUCCAACAAAAAAAAUGUAAGCAUUGACCUGAAAAAGACAGGUACAGAGGAUCUUGAUGAAGUGAUGCAAUACUACCGAACGUACAAAGUGGAAAACUCGGAAUUGGUCGAGGUACCGAAAGAUCUAAAAGAGACUAUUGUCAAGGAUAUCAUCAAAUUUCGGGCAAAAGUGUUGUCAAUUGAGAGAGAUCGACGUAAAAAGGAAAUCGAGCGAGAAAGACGCAAGGCCAAAUUGCGGUUGACACAGAUAGUGGAGGGAAUUCGAUCAACAGCUGAGGUCAAAGAUCUAGGUGAGGUCAAUGCUGAAGUGGACGUAGAAGUUGAAGAAAAAAUCAAUCCCUUAGACUCCCUCAACGAGGACGAGUACGAGGCAUUCUUGGCUGAUGAGGAAAAGAAGGCAUUCGAUGAUUCGUUUCAAACCAAAUUGUCUGAGAUGGAGAAGUUAGAAUCUUCAGAGAAAGCCAAACUACUCACUCAGCUCGACCUGGCUGCUAAUUACGAGUCCAACCUCAUAGAUAACAAGUUGGCACUCAUUGACGAAAUCAAAGCUUUCCAGGAUGCCGAAUCAGCGAGGUCCAGUAAAGGCUCCAAGCUCCGGCUAUAUUAUACCGACCACUCGGAGUAUGUUAGGAUCAGAAAUAUCGAGAGAUCACAGGAAGAGAAAUUGGAUGCAUUGGAUGCACAGGAGACAAAAGAGGUUUCUGUCACGGACACCCCCAAGCCUGUGGCAGCUGCCUCUGCAGAAUCUGCUCCUGCGAUUGAGGAAGAUGCCAUGGAUUUGGAAAUUGUCGUCUCCAACUUCUCAACGAAAGUUUUGCUGGAUAUUCAGACCAAGAUUGGGGACUUGAUUGAGGAGUUUUUGGGUAUCAAAGAGGAAGUAUUGGUGGAUUAUAUUUUCGAGUUUGUCAAGGAGCACAAUUUGGCACAGAAGGAAGAGUUGAUAUCCGAACUUCUGGAGACUUUGGACGAAGAUUCCAUUGUGGUGGUGCAACAGCUACAUGAUUACAUCAGAUCGAUCGCACGCGGUUGA